GCGAGUGGGCGGGCACUCCCGCCCGGCUGAAAGAUGGCCGCCGCCGCCGCCGCCGCCGCCGCCCGGCAGCCACCGCCCCGGAGGUAACUCUAGGGCCUGCGGCUUCCGUCUGUGCCCGCGGACCACAGCCGCCUUCUUACCAUGAAGCCAGUGAGUCGCCGCACCCUGGAUCGGAUUUAUUCAGCGUUGCUGCUCGCGGUCGUAUUGCUCUCCUGGGGAUACGUCAUCUAUGCAUCAACUGUAGCUGCACGACGACAGCUAAGGAAGGAAUACCCAGACAAAAUCUUCGGGAUGAAUGAAAAUUUGUAAUUCCCCUGGAUUUUGAUUCUGUGCAUAUACAGUUCUUUACCUCAUGCUUAUCUGACACGUGUCUCGAUUUAAAGUAAGCUCUUUAAUACAGUGCUUCAAAAUUCA